AGAAAUCACAAGACGAAGCUAAAACCCCUCUUCAGAUCCACAGUCAACUGCCCUAACCACAUCCUGCAAAAAAUCCAGAGGAAGAAGAGCCAUGGAUUACUACAGAAAAUAUGCAGCUGUCAUUCUGGCCACAUUGUCUGUGUUUCUGCAAAUUCUCCAUUCCUUUCCUGAUGGAGAGUUUACAAUGCAGGGCUGCCCAGAAUGCAAGCUAAAGGAAAACAAAUACUUCUCCAAGCUGGGUGCCCCAAUCUAUCAGUGCAUGGGCUGCUGCUUCUCCAGAGCAUACCCCACUCCAGCAAGGUCCAAGAAGACAAUGUUGGUCCCAAAGAACAUCACCUCAGAAGCCACAUGCUGUGUGGCCAAAGCAUUUACCAAGGCUACAGUCAUGGGAAAUGCCAGAGUGGAGAAUCACACUGAGUGCCACUGCAGUACUUGUUAUUAUCACAAAUCUUAAAUAUUUUGCAAAGGGCCAUGUUGAUGACUGCUGAUUUCCUGGAAUGGAAGAAUUAAUUUGUUCAGUGUUUAUGACUUUGCAAGAUAAAACCCUCCUUUUCCUUACCAUACCAUUUUUUACAUGCUUUAAGAAUAUACUGCAGCUUUAUUGCCUUUCUCUUUAUCCUACAGUAUAAUCAGCAGUCUUAUUCUUUUCAUUUGGAAUGAAAUACAGCAUUUAGCAUGACCAUAAAAAGCUGGUUCCGCUGGAAAUAAAGUCUUUUAAAUCAUCA